AUGGCGAAGAGUAGUAGUGUCAGUAAGAAAGAGACGGCUUUGAGAUUGAGGGCGGGGGCGGAGGAAGCCGUGCAUUGUAUUGGGUUGGGCUAUGAUUUGACUCUGGACCUGCGAUUGAAGUACUGCAAGAAGCAAAUUACGAGAGAUGGCUCCAGACUGAUUGCGAUUGAUGACGAUCAGGUGCGUGAUAUUGCGAUUCCUGGAGGUAUUUUGGUCCAAAAUGUACCCAAGUCCAUCAAUUGCGAUAAAGGCGAGCGCAUGCGGUUCAGCUCUGACGUUCUAUCUUUCCAGCAGAUGUCGGAACAGUUCAACCAGGAACUAUCACUUUCAGGUAAAAUCCCAACAGGCCACUUCAAUGCAGCUUUUGAGUUUACGGGUUCCUGGCAGAAAGACGCUGCCUUCACAAAAUCCCUUGCUUUUGAUGGAGUCUCUAUCACCCUUUACAGUAUUGCAUUAGAGAAGUCCCAGGUAGCUCUGACUGUUCAUGUCAAACGAGCAGUCCCAGCGUCUUGGGAUCCAGCUGCAUUGGCAAGGUUUAUUGAGGCUUAUGGUACCCAUGUCAUUGUUGGUGUCAAGAUGGGGGGAAAGGAUGUUGUAUAUGUAAAGCAGCAAUAUUCGUCAUUGCUUCUGCCCGCUGAUGUACAGAAAAGAUUAAAGGAUGUCGCAGACAAGAGGUUCAGCAAUGCAAGUGGACAUUCUGGCACGCAGCCAGAGAAAGCUGCCCGCAGGGAAAUGUUUCAGCACGAGAGUGAUGAACGAGGAUUGUCCGUCUUGGAUUCCAGUACACCAAGUUUUCACUCUAACCAAGAGGAUAUCACAUUCUUCUGGAGAAGGAGAGGCGGAAGCAGCAGUAGGAAUAUGCCUCAUGAUAAGUGGUGCCAAACAGUUCAGCUUGAGCCUGAAGUGAUCUCAAUGUCCUUCAUUCCAAUAUCCUCACUUUUGAGUGGAAUUGAUGGGAGUGGAUUCUUGGGCCACGCCAUCAAUCUAUACCUACGAUAUAAGCCACCAAUUGAAGAACUUCACCAAUUUUUGGAAUUUCAACUUCCGAGACAAUGGGCACCAGUAUUUGGCGACCUUCCCCUUGGUCCUGAUAAAAAGCAGCAAAAUGUUGCUUCUUUGCAGUUCAGUUUUAUGGGUCCCAAGCUUUAUGUUAAUACUAAUGAGGUUGAGGUAGGGAAUAUGCCGGUAACUGGGAUGCGACUCUAUUUGGAAGGAAAGAGAAGUAAUUGCUUAGCAAUCCAUUUGCAGCACCUUUCCUCUGUGCCAAAAAGCUUUCUUCCUCGUUAUGAAUCGUCUCAAAACUACACUAACUCUCAUGACCGCAGAUAUUACGAGAAGGUUCAGGGAAAGAGCUUUUCUCAUGUAUGUACUGCCCCAGUUGAGUCUGAUGACGAUCUCUCUAUAGUUACUGGAGCGCGAUUUGAAGUUGGGGAAUCUGGCAUGAAAAGUGUUCUGUUUCUACGCCUUCAUUUUACCAAAGUUGCUGGUGCAACAGUUGUGAAGAAACCAGAGUGGGAUGGUUCCCCGGCCCUUGUCCAAAAGUCGGGAAUUCUUUCCACUUUAAUUAGUACUAAGUUCUCCACUGGACAGAAACCUCCUCCAAAGCCAGCCGAUGUUAACGUCAACUCUGCACUAUAUCCCGAUGGUCCUCCAACACCUGCACCAACUCGUAAGCUCUUGAGAUUUGUUGACACAACGGAGAUGACAAGAGGACCACAGGACCCUCCGGGGUACUGGGUAGUAUCUGGGGCUAGGCUUAUAGUUGACAGGGGUAAAAUAUCUCUUCGUGUCAAGUACUCUCUCUUAGCCGUGAUUUUGCAAGACGAAGAGGUACUAUUGCCGGGCUAA